AUGAAGUCAGAAAGUAAUGUCAAGCCACGUCAAAGGAGUGCAAUAUCAUUACCGGCCAGUAGGGUGAGUUCUAAAAAUUCUUGUCUUCCUGCAAUUCCUGAGGCAAUAAAGCCAGCAAGCAAUGUCAGGGUGCGUCAAAGAACUGCUCCUCAACAUUCUUCUCAACUUCCUAUAGUUUCUAUUAAUGCAGUCAGGUCAGCAAGUAUUCUCAGGCCAGGUCAAAGAACUGCAAAACUAUCACCCGCUAAUAACAUGUCUUCUCAAAAUUUUUCUGGUCUUCUUAUAGCUUCUAAUGCAGUAAAGCCAGAAAAUGAUGUCAAACCGCACCAAAGAAGAGCAAGAUCAUUAUCAGCUAAAAUCAUUCCUCGUCCAAUUUAUUCUCAUCUUCCUAUAGUUUCUACUAUACUGACCUCACCGAGUAAUGCCAAGUUGCAUCAAACAAGAGCAAGAUUAUCAUCAGCCAAAAUCAGGCCUCUGCAAAAUUCUUCUCAUCUUCCUAUAGUUUCUACUAUAGUGACCUCGGCAAGUUAUGUCAAGCCGCGUCAAGGAAGUGCAAGAUUUUCACUAGCUAAAAUCAGGCCUUCCCAAAAUCCUUCCCAGCUUCCUAUAGUGACCUCGGCAGGUAAUGUCAAGCUGCGUCAAGGAAGGGCAAGAUUUUCACCAGCUAAAAUCAGGCCGCCUCAAAAUCCUUCCAAGCUUACUAUAGUGACCUCGGCAAGUUAUGUCAAGCCGCGUCAAGGAAAUGCAAGAUUUUCACCAGCUAAAAUCAGGCCUCCACAAAAUCCUUCUCAGCUUCCUACAGUGACCUCGGCAGGUAAUGUCAAGCCGCGUCAAGGAAGGGCAAGAUUUUCACCAGCAAAAAUCAGGCCGCCUCAAAAUCCUUCCCAGCUUCCUAUAGUGACCUCGGCAAGUUAUGUCAAGCCGCGUCAAGGAAAUGCAAGAUUUUCACCAGCUAAAAUCAGGCCUCCACAAAAUCCUUCUCAGCUUCCUAUAGUGACCUCGGCAAGUAAUGUCAAGCCGCGUCAAGGAAGGACAAGAUUUUCACCAGCUAAAAUCAGGCCUCCUCAAAAUUCUUCUCAUCUUCCUAUCAUUUCUACUAGAGCGACCUCGGAAAAUAAUGCCAAGUUGCAAGAAAGACGCGCAAGAUUAAUAUCAUCUGCUGAUAUCAUGCCUCCUCAGAAGUCCUAUCAUCCUGUAGUAUAUAAUGCAACCAAGUCAGCAAGUAAUGUCAGGCCACGUCAAAAAAGGACAAUAUUAUCACCAUCUAAUAUUGUGCCUAAUGCAAUUGCGUCAGCAAGUGAUGUCAGGCUGCUUCAAAGAAGCGUAAAUGAUGCACCUCCUCAAAAUUCUUCUCAGCUUCCUGCAGUUCCUAAGGUAGUAACCUCAGCAAGUAAAGUCAAGCCAGGUGAAAAAAGUGCAAGAGUAUCACCUCCUCAAAAGCCUUCUCAUCUUCCUCUAGUUUCUAGUACUGCAAUAGAGUCAGCGAGCUAUGUCAGGCCACGCCAAAAGAGGCAAGUAUCCUCAGCAGCUAGUCUCGUGCCUUCCGAAAACUCUUCUCAUCGUCCUGCAUUGCCUAAUAAUGUGAGGCCGCAUCAAAGAAGUACAAUAUCAUCAGCCUCCAAAGUCAUGCCUCCUCAAAAAUCUUCUCAUCUUCCUUCUGUGCGUGAUUCAAUGAAAUCAUCAAGCACUGUCAACCCUCAUCAAAGAAGUGCAAGACUUUCACCUGCUGAUAACAUGCCUUCUCAAAAUUCUUCUCAUUCUGCUCCUGCAUAUACAAAUGCAAUAAUGUUAGCAAGUCACUAA